AUGUUUCAAGGCAAGAACCACCUGCAACUCGAGGUGGAUACGCUGCGCGACAAGCUCGCAACGACACAAGCCGAGCUCGGGGAUGUCAGCGACAGCCUCGCACAGAUGCAAGCCACGUCCGUGGCCGACUACGACGACCUCCGGACGCGCGCGGCCGGCCUCGAGCACCAGCUGCAGUCGGAGCGAUUGCAGUUUGAGCACGAACUGACGACAAAAACGCAGCAGCUGGCGGCGGCCGAGGCCGGCAUCUCGCGCUUCCAUGCGCAGCUCCAGAGCGUCCAAAGCGAGCUCGAAACGGCGCGAGAGCACUUGGUCGAGAUGAAUGCCGCUGUUGAAGGCCAAGCGCAAGCCCUCGCCGAGGCCAACGAAGCGGCGGCCGAGUGGAAAGACAAGGCCGAUGCCCUGACCGCUGCCACGGUCAACGUGGAGGGCACGCUCAAGCACGAGGUGGCGAGCUAUAGUAGCCAGUGUGUCGCCCUCGGUGGCGAGAAGAAGCGACUCGAAGUCGAACUGAGUGGCCUUCAGAGUCAAGUGGACCAGCUGCAAAGCGAUGUGCAGGGUCUACGCAACGAGAAGCGCAGUCUCCAGCAAUCGCUGCAAGAUCGUGACGAAGCCUUGCUCAGCGCGCAGAGCAAUGAAGCGCAGGCCAAGGCCGAGCUCGACCGGUUGACUCGCGCCAAGCAGAGCAUGCAAUCGGAGCUCGGGCGCAUGAACGACGAGGUGAACGACCACAUGCGCCAACUGGAAGUGCUACGCCGCGAGUUUCGGCUCCAAGAAAAAGGGUUCGCAGCGCGCGAAGAGGUGCUGCGGAAGGAUGCGGAAAGUCUCCGGCAAGAAGCGAUGGAGGCCAGCGCACUCAACGACGAGCUGCAGGCGAAAAUGACAACGAUCCAAGCGGCGGCGAAUGCCACCAUUAACGACCUCGUGGCCGAGCUGACGCAUGCUGAGGAAGCGGUUCGCGCUGAGAAGGCGUCGCGGGCCAAGGAGGACGACUUGCUUCGGACGCAAUAUCGGUACUUGGAAGAAGACAUGAAGCGCAAGGAGGCCGAGUGGCGGGAGAGCGCAACGAUCCUCAAGCGAGAGAGCGUCCUCCGAAAAGAGCACAUUGAGUCGCUCGAAGCCAAAUGCGCCAAACAGAAAGAGGCACUGGAAUCCAAAAAAAAUGACGUCGACAAGAUCACGAAAGACGCCGACCAGAAACACUUUCGGAUCGCAGAGCUCGAGCGCAAGCUGGCGCCGCUGCUCAACACGAAAGAGACGCUCACGCAGCGCGUCGCCGAUCUCAAGCAGACACUUGAGGCCAAGACACGCGAGAGCCAAGAGCUCGAGGAGCGACUGCGGGCGGACGUAGCAAAGCUUCAAAAAGAGAAGCGGGACCUCGAAGCGUCCCGUGCCCGCCACGAAGACGAAACGGACCGCGACAGCCUCGGGCGGUUCGCAACGCUGCAGGCGACGCUCACAAGUGAAAACAAGACGCUUAAAGCCCACAUUGAGCGCUACAAGAGCGAUCUCCAGGACGCGAGCCAGAAUGUGUUGACGCUCGCGCAGCGCCUCGACGCGCUCCAAGCCAACUCCAACCGCACGAUCGCCGAACUUAGCGCCGAGCUGCAAACGUCGUCGCAGCAGUACGAAGCACAAGUCAGCGCUCUCCAGCGGGACUUGUCGCUCGCCAACGACCACGUGACCGAUGCCAACUUAACGCGGCAGCUGCUCCAGAAAGAGAUCCGGCGCUUGUCCAAGGCAACUGACGACAAUCUCUUCUCGGUGCGGACGGCGGUGAGUCAGCCCGAGACCCGACAUGGACACCUAGUUGCUGAGGAGCACGAUGCACCGCAGACGAGUCGCCUGUCUAGCGACCCUUUUGAUGCGCGGGAGAGUCUCUCGGACAUUCCCGUGGCGCUGCUCCGCGCCCAAAUCGGCCUCGACCUCUCCAAGCCCAGCAAAGGAAGCAACAACAAUCAAGUCGAGGGUGUGCCGUACUUGGACUUGGAUCAGCUGGCGAAAAGCAGCCAAAGCGUAAGCAUGCCGGCCCUCGGGUUGUCCAGCGAGCGACUCGAUGCCGACGCGCUGCCUGAAGAUGCCGUUUCCACUUCCAAGGGGCCCGCCAAGAAGACCAAGCAUCUGAAGUUGCUCAAAAGCAAAACAAGGUCGCGUCCAUCCCUUGGCGCCCUCCCAAAGCUUGUGUAGCGCAUCGGAUUUGAAAUCGACUUUGGGUCUCUUAAGGG